AUGUCGGACAAGCAGAAGACCGCUUUGAUCGCCGCCGCCGCCGUCACGGGCGUGACCGCCGGCUCGUACCUGCUGCGUGUGGCCAUGCGUCCCGUACUGCGUGCUCGCGCCGCCACCUUCUUCAAGGGCAUGCUGGCGGACGCCGACAUCAUCAUCGACCGCGACAUCCGCGUGUACGAUGAAGACAUCUUCCUCGACUGGGUACACCGUGGUAUGCUAGCCAUCGGUGAGUCCUACAUGGCCAAAAAGUGGGAUGCCAUCAUCCCGCUGGACGAGCUGCUCACACGCCUGCUGUCGCUGCCCGCCGACAAGCGUCGCAAGAUCCUCAAGGCUUGGAACGCCAAGUUCAUUGCUCUAGGCGGCAAAAUCUUUAACUACCAGUCGCCUUCGCGCGCUGGUAUCGUCGGUGCUCACCACUAUGACCUGGGUAACGACUUCUUCAAGCUGUGGCUUGACCCGUACAUGCAGUACUCGUGCGCCUACUGGAAGGGCAUUGAAGACAAGCACGACUUGGAUGCAGCGCAGCGCAACAAGCUGCACUUGAUUGCUAAGAAGCUUAAGUUAGAGCCUGGUAUGCGAGUGCUUGAGAUCGGAUGCGGCUGGGGCGGCCUCGGCUGCUUCCUUGCCAAGGAGUACGGCGUCCACGUCACGGGCAUCACCAUCUCCAACGAGCAGCUCAAGGGCGCUCGCGAGUGGGCCGAGCGUGAGGGCGUCAGCGACCUUACCAGCUUCGAAUACUGCGACUACCGUAAGAUGCACGGUCAGUUCGAUCGUGUCGUGUCUAUUGCCAUGAUUGAGGCUGUGGGCUACAAAAACCUGGGCGAGUACUACGACGUUAUCAAGCGUUGUCUGAAGAACAAGGGCCUCGCUUUGGUGCACGGCAUCGCUGCCAACCGCUCCAUUGAGGUGCCGAUCCAGCUCUGGAUCCUCAAGUACAUCUUCCCUAACGGCUUCCUGCCGUCCGUAGCGCAGAUGAUCACCUCGUCGGAACGCAAACUGAUCGUAGAGGACGUCCACAACCUGGGCCCAGACUACGACAAGACACUAAUGUGCUGGUAUGAGCGCUUCCAAGACCACCUCAAGAAGGGCAACAUUGACCGCCCGGAGGUGUUCUGCCGCAUGUGGGACUUCUACCUGCAAUACUGCGCCGCCGGCUUCCGCGCCCGUACCAUUCAGCUCGUACAGAUCGUCUUCUCGAAGAAGCGCCCGGACCGCUAUGACGCCGUAAGAUAAACGUAUUAUACCGGCUCAUCAAAGCUAUGAAGAUUCUCGUUUUGCUAUGGGCAGCGAAACGUAGAAUGUAAGGCAUGACGUGGCAACGCGUAGGGUACAAGCGAUUGACUGUAGAUACCUAGGUAGGCAAACUCUGACGAUAAUCAAGAGGAAGUCUACAUCUUUGUCAACUUGAGAGAAAUGACGCUCCCCGCGUCUGCCACUUA